AUGUUUCAGUUUAAGGCCAGUGUUGCGGAUGUGUUGGUGGAAAUCGACCAAGGCACAUUACUCGGUGAACAACUACAAACAGUUACGAAAGAUGGGCUAUAUUACAGUUUCAAGGGAAUACCGUAUGCGGCACCGCCAGUUGGCAAGUUGAGAUUUAAGGCACCCGAACCACCGAUCCCUUGGGAAGGGAUAAGAAAUGCCACCGAACAUGGAUCAAUUUGUACUCAAUAUGAUUUAGUUCUAGAACAAUACAUCGAAGGCAGUGAAAACUGUCUAUUCUUGAACGUUUACACACCUGAUCUGAAACCAGAAAUACCCAUGCCAGUAAUGUUUUUCAUCCACGGAGGAGGUUAUACAAGUGGCUCUGGGAACAGCGAUUUUUAUGGACCUGAUUUUCUCGUUAGUCACGGAAUCGUAUUAGUAACUAUCAACUACAGACUUGAAGUGCUGGGAUUUCUGUCAAUAAAUACAAAAGAAGUCCCAGGAAACGCCGGCGUAAAGGACCAAGUUGCUGCAUUGCGAUGGGUGCAAAGAAAUAUUGCAAAAUUUGGGGGUGAUCCCGAUAAAGUAACAGUUUUUGGAGAAAGUACUGGUGCUUCUUCUACGGGCUUCCAUAUAGUGUCACCGAUGUCGAAAGGCCUUUUUAAGAGAGCUAUUCUAAUGAGCGGUGUACCGCUUGCAGACAUAUCAAUCUCUUUCGAACCGCGAAGACGAGCUUUUGUUCUUGGAAAACAAUUGGGAAUGGAAGCCGACGAUCCUGAUAAACUACUUGAAUUUCUCCAACAUGUUAAUGCUUUAAACUUAACUAAUACAAAUCCAUUUUUGACAUCUUUCGAAGAAUUGUCAGCAAAUCCAUUGAAACAGUCUUAUUUCGUGCCAGUAGUUGAAAAAGAUUUCGGACAAGAACGUUUCUUAAUCGAAGAUCCUUUAGAAUCGUUAAGCAAUGGACGUGUAAAUGAUGUAGAUGUGAUGAUUGGGUUCACUAAUGAAGAAGCUCUUAUAUCUUUAAUUCGAUUCGAUGAUGAUGUUCUCAAGAAAUUCGACCGAUAUCCAGAGAUGUUCGUUCCAAGAAAGAUUAUAACUACUUCGACACCAGCCGUUUCCUUGAGAGUCUCUGAUAUGAUUCGAAAUCAUUACUUUGGAAAAAAAGAAAUAAAUGAAAUGUCUAUACGAGAAUUCCUUAACUAUUUAAACGAAGCCAUAUUUAGACACGACGUUCAUAGAUUCAUAGGACGGCUUCCUGAAAAUACCAAUACUAAUAAAUAUCUAUAUCAAUUUUCCUGCGUGUCAGAGAGAAAUCUUUUCGGACAACUUGGUUCUAAAUUUGGUUUAUCUGGAGCUGCUCAUUUGGAUGAUCUUCUAUACAUAUUCCAUGUUAAGCUGUUCCCGUUUAGAAUUGAUACAACGAAAAAGUCCUACAAAAUGAUUGAACAGACUUGUACCUUGUUCACUAAUUUUGCUAAAUAUGGGAAUCCUACACCCGACUCAUCGCUGGGCGUCGUUUGGCCUAAAUAUGAUAACACUAACGAAGGCUACCUGGAUAUAGCAACAAAUUUGACGACUGGUAACCAUCUAGAUGCAGCUUCUUUGGACUUUUGGAAGACUGUAUACGAACAUGCUGGCUUGGUAUUUUAA